AUGACACUCAAAGGACAUCCAAUUCUUGAACAGCAAAGACGACUCUUUGAUGAACUGACUAAAUUCAAGGAACCUCCGACUAAAAGUUACGUAGAGGCGAAAUUUUUGCAAGCUCGAUCAGGUUGGGAAACAUUUUCCGAGAAGAGGCGAAUAGAUUCUAGUACUGAAGCAGAUGUUCUACUUCAAAAAGAUCAACAUCAAUCACUUCCGGUGGACUUAAAUAGUGAUUACAACUUGGACAUUUUACAGCUGCCUAAAGGUCAUCCACUUCUAGAAGAGCAAAGAAUAAUUCUUGAAGAACUGUCUCAAUCUAGGGAAAAUCCGAAAAAAAGUGAUUGGCAAACUUUACAUGAAAUUGGAACAGAUAACUUGGGGGAAAGAGAAAAUUGUCCAAUAUGUUUAGGUUCUAUAUCUGACCAGAAACAGCUACGUUGUGGACACAGCUUUUGUCAAACUUGCAUUAAAGAACAUCACAAGUAUAAAUAUUCAUGUCCUGUAUGCAAUGAACCUCUUGAUAUUUUAAUAGGUGACCAGCCGCCUGGAACCAUGACUACAACUGUACUUAGCUCAGACUGUGCAGGUUAUAAGAACUGUGGCACUAUAGAAAUCAAAUACAGAUUUCCAGAUGGACACCAAGGGGGAGAACAUCCUUGUCCGGGAAGGAAAUAUGAAGGCACUUUACGAACAGCAUAUCUUCCAAAUAAUGCUGAGGGGAGAAAAAUAGCAAAAUUGUUGCGGGUAGCAUUUGAAAGAAGACUUGUAUUUACCAUUGGCACCUCAUUGACUACAGGAAGGGAUGGUGUCAUAAUAUGGAAUGGUAUUGCUCAUAAAACAGUACUAACACCAAACUCUGAAUUUGGAUAUCCUGACCCUGAAUAUAUUGAUGUAGUUAAAACACAAUUAGCGGCUAAAGGAGUUACAGAAAAAGACAUUGACAAUAAUCAUUUUUAAGGAAUGAUUCUGAAACAGAAUUAUAGAAACUGGAUUGCUGGUUACUAGAAAUAAACAGAUUCAUUUCAUAUGACUUAUAACUGUUCACUGAACUAUAUAUCUUUUGAAUAAUGUUGGUGUUUUAGGCAUGGAUAAUCAUUAAACUAGUUAGGACUGAUUUGCUUUUACAAUAUCUUAUCAUGUAUUUGUUACGUUUGAUAUGAUGAUCAAGGAUGUCUUGCUUCUAUUUCUUGGAAGUGGACCUUUCUUAAACUUGCUCCUAGAUGUGUUUUUUUCCUGGGAAGCAAAACUCUUCAAAGCUUGCUUCUUUCUUGGAUAGAGGUCUGUUGUAAAUGUCUUUUCCAAGAAAGCAAAUCGUCUUGGUUUCUUCACCCGAGCCUCGCCAUAAAGACAUGCUAAUACAAGGAGAUCUCCUGAAAAACCUAGUAGACAAUAUUAGGUUUCUUUUGAAAUAUUUUUGUCUUCGCUGUUUAAUUUCAAAUUUCUUUAUCAUUAAAUAAAUACAUAACGCUCGGACCGGACAGAACGUUGCAAUUAUGAAAUGGCGGACAUUUGUUUUACUUUUUUAAUUACUUUUUAGAAAUAAAAUAGUAUUUUGACCUAUGUAUACUAAUUUACUAAUAUAUGUUUUUAUUUAUUUGUUGAUACUAACUUUAUUUGUCUCUUUUUAAUGAUUUGUUUUUAUUUGCGACCAUAUGCAUUCUCUGAUACACGCAAAUACUUAAUACAUUUGUUAUUGAUUUAAUGUUUUCAUAUUGUGGUUACUUGCAGACGUUGAGUCAGAAAUGAAAGACAAUAUUGCGAAUAAAACAAUAUCCGAAAUAUAUAUUGUUCCAAAAUACACCAAGAUUACGCGAAGAAUAUAUAGCUAAGA